ACAAAUAAACGCGAGCGCUCCUCCCACACAGGAAAAGAGAAGCGCGCUCCAGCGUCUCCACAGGGGUGAAAGGAGGCCAUUUAUUUUUUCAGCAAUGUGGACCGAGCAACUAGGGAAACAACUUGGCAACCCCACACGGUCACUGGGGGGAUGGUUGGUCAGCAAACUUUUUAAAAUCCGCAACCAGGUUCUGGAGGACAACGCAGUGCAGCUUUGUGGGAUCCAGCCGGGUGACACAGUUCUAGAGCUGGGUCAUGGUCCUGGUCUGGGUCUGCAGUCUGCAGCCAAGCUCCUCACUGAGCCCACGGGCCACCUUAUAGGGGUGGACUACUCUGAGUACAUGCACCAGAUGGCAAAAGAAAGGAUGAAGGAUUUCAUUGCCAGUGGUAAAGUGACCUUUCACCUCUGUGAUGUUGCUGCAAUGCCUCUGGCUGAUGACACAGUAGAUAAAGUAUUUCACUGUAACUGUUACUACUUCUGGCCUGAUCUCAACAAGGCAGCCACAGAGAUACACCGGGUCAUGAAACCAGGAGGUCUGAUGGUAACCACAAUGAGACUUUCCCAUGUGGCUGUUUUGGGAGCAAAGCGAGUGAUGCCAGGAGAGAACUGGCGUCCAGAUGCCUACAUGGCAGCGCUCAGAGACUCUGGCUUCACUGAUGUCAAAAUGGAAGACAAAUAUCAUCACAACAUCCCUUUUCAGGCGAUGUUUGCCACUGCUUCAAAAUGAGAUGUACUGUCAUGCUGUAUGUGUGAUUCUAUCAGUUUGUUUUUUUAAAUAAUAAUAGUAAUCACAGUGAAGAUAAAGCUCUAAAUUAUUUUCAGAUUCUCAGUUGUGUCACAACAUUUAGUUCUGUGCUCUCAUUGUGCAGAUGAAUUCUAUUUUAAAGACACACAGAUGAAUUGUUACAUUGAAAUGUUUUAGUCGCAAUUAGACAUUUUUCUGUUAAAGUUCUGAAAAAGUUGGGAAUAUGUGUCAAGUUAAUAUUCACAUUUCUAGGCAAUAAUUAGAAUAGUUAUUUUCUCUAAAACACACUAAAAUUGAUUAAAACUAUACAUUCAUAGACUAAUAAUGUUGUUUAAAGAAGUAAGAAUCUUUUUAAUGUAGUUGAUAAAAUGUGGGAAACUCC